AUGUUGCCGCCUCACCGCAGCGGUUAUAAUGAUGAGGCGGUACGCUACGAGGUUCCGAUGAUUCUCAAGCUUUUGCCCAGGCUCCGUCUGGACACUCUUACCAUCAUAGCGGAUGCCGAACCGGAAUUUGCGUACUUUACUCUUGAAAUGUUCCUAUCGAAAGGACACGGCUGGAAAACGCUCCGGUUCAUCACGCCUAUGUCGUCAAUUUUGGCAUUUAAUACAUUGCGCCCCCCCCCCCAUGUGCUUUCAGAUGAAACUCGGGAGCUUCGGUUGUCAUUUUACCGCUCAACAUGUCCCGGAGUUCCAGGAUCUGUGUUAGACCCUGCUUGCCGCGAGCUCUCUGGCCAAUCGGCCCCAUGUCCUGAACUACUAGAGAAAUUUGGGACUACAGAGAACGAAGGGCUUCUUGCUGAUGACGAACGGCUAAGGGAAACUCUAACUAUCGUCAAGCGUGGCCGGAGUGCAGAUAUAUCAGACGUCGGGGGACCUCCAUAUCGUUCUGAAGAUCCUAGGAAAUGGGGCGCUCAUGAUAUAGCAUGGAAAUAUAUUAGGAAGGGAUUCAUUAAUUCUAUGUACAUUUGGACGCAUGGAUUGAAAUUUGCAUCGUUAAUACUCAAUGGUGAAGGGGAACCGGAACACGAUGUUUACAAUGACCCUGAUGAAUAUGGGGAACCACGUUCCCCGAUACGCUGA